GGAGACGCCAAGCUGUACAGUUGCUGGGGAGCACCUCUACGCUCAGUCAGAAAGUAAAAAGCGUGGUCUCCCAGGAGUUAUGUGUAAUAACCUGCAGCUGCAGCAGUGUACAAGCCAGUUUGCGUUGAUUCAGGCUUCACCGGAAGAAGCAGCAGUUCUGGAAUUUGCUAGCCAAGUCGGGCAGGAGCUGACAGCUUGGGCUGCUUACCUACGGGAAGCAUCGGAAGCAUCUGAUUCGGCAGCUGCAGUGGACUCGGUUGCUAGGGCGCAACAGCUGAUUUGGGCAAACAUUCAGAAAUUGACCGGGCUGACAGGGCAAUUCAGCAAUGCGGCAAAGGUGUUGCUUGAAGGCUGUUCAAAGCGAGCAGCAGGACCCGUUGCGCGUACUCUGAGCGGAUACCCGCCCUUGGAACACCAAGCUGCUUCAUGGUUGCUGGGGAGCCUCCUACGCUCAGUCAGAAAGUCAAACGCGUGGUCUCCCAGGAGUUAUGUGCUCUCUUCCUGCAGCUGCAGCAGAUGUACAAGCCAGUUUGCGUGAUUCAGGCUUCACCGGAAGAAGCGGCAGUUCUGGAAUUUGCUAGCCAAGUCGGGCAGGAGCUGACAGCUUGGGCUGCUUACCUACGGGAAGCAUCGGACGCAUCUGAUUCGGCAGCUGCAGUGGACUUGGUUGCUAGGGCGCAACAGCUGAUUUGGGCAAACAUUCAGGAAUUGACCGGGCUGACAGGGCAAUUCAGCAAUGCGGCAAAGGUGUUGCUUGAAGGCUGUUCAAAGCGCGCAGCAGGACCCGUUGCGCGUACUCUGAGCGGAUUCCCGCCCUUGGAGACGCCAAGCUGCUUCAUGGUUGCUGGGGAGCCUCCUACGCUCAGUCAGAAAGUAAAAAGCGUGGUCUCCCAGGAGUUAUGUGCUCUCUUCCUGCAGCUGCAGCAGAUGUACAAGCCAGUUUGCGUGAUUCAGGCUUCACCGGAAGAAGCAGCAGUUCUGGAAUUUGCUAGCCAAGUCGGGCAGGAGCUGACAGCUUGGGCUGCUUACCUACGGGAAGCAUCGGAAGCAUCUGAUUCGGCAGCUGCAGUGGACUUGGUUGCUAGGGCGCAACAGCUGAUUUGGGCAAACAUUCAGGAAUUGACCGGGCUGACAGGGCAAUUCAGCAAUGCGGCAAAGGUGUUGCUUGAAGGCUGUUCAAAGCGAGCAGCAGGACCCGUUGCCCGUACUCUGAGCGGAUUCCCGCCCUUGGAGACACCAAGCUGCUUCAUGGUUGCUGGGGAGCCUCCUAUGCUCAGUCAGAAAGUACAAAGCGUGGUCUCCCAGGAGUUAUGUGCUCUCUUCCUGCAGCUGCAGCAGAUGUACAAGCCAGUUUGCGUGAUUCAGGCUUCACCGGAAGAAGCAGCAGUUCUGGAAUUUGCUUGCCAAGUCGGGCAGGAGCUGACAGCUUGGGCUGCUUACCUACGGGAAGCAUCGGAAGCAUCUGAUUCGGCAGCUGCAGUGGACUUGGUUGCUAGGGCGCAACAGCUGAUUUGGGCAAACAUUCAGGAAUUGACCGGGCUGACAGGGCAAUUCAGCAAUGCGGCAAAGGUGUUGCUUGAAGGCUGUUCAAAGCGAGCAGCAGGACCCGUUGCGCGUACUCUGAGCGGAUUCCCGCCCUUGGAGACACCAAGCUGCUUCAUGCUUGCUGGGGAGCCUCCUACGCUCAGUCAUCAGAAAGUCAAACGCGUGGUCUCCCAGGAGUUAUGUGCUCUCUUCCUGCAGCUGCAGCAGAUGUACAAGCCAGUUUGCGUGAUUCAGGCUUCACCGGAAGAAGCAGCAGUUCUGGAAUUUGCUAGCCAAGUCGGGCAGGAGCUGACAGCUUGGGCUGCUUACCUACGUGAAGCACCGGAAGCAUCUGAUUCGGCAGCUGCAGUGGACUUGGUUGCUAGGGCGCAACAGCUGAUUUGGGCAAACAUUCAGAAAUUGACCGGGCUGACAGGGCAAUUCAGCAAUGCGGCAAAGGUGUUGCUUGAAGGCUGUUCAAAGCGAGCGGCAGGACCGGUUGCCCGUACUCUGAGCGGAUUCCCGCCCUUGCAGACACCAAGCUGCUUCAUGGUAGCUGAGGAGUCUCCCACACCCAGUCAGAAAGUCAAACGCGUGGUCUCCCAGGAGUUGAAUGAACUGUUCCUGCAGCUACAGGAGAUGUACAAGGGCUGUUUGUUGCAGCCCACAGAGGAAGAGGAAAGCUUGUUAGAUUAUGCAGCCCAGAUUGAGCACGAGCUUUUAGGAUGCUCGCUGCCAAGCGAUGUGCUGGACGGAGGUGUUGACUUCGCCAAGAUUUCGGCGGAAAUGGUCUCAGGGGCACGGAGGCAGAUUUGGGCGGAGAUUGCGACUUGCUUGCUCUUGGGGCUGCCCGUUGUCCUCAUGUUAGCCUGAAAAGGGGGGGGGUGGCCUGAACUUAGCUGAACAUUGUGAAGAGAUUCAGCACCAAGGUGAAGCGUGACUCCACGAACGCUGCGAAGAUUCUAUUCAGCCGGCAAAAGAAUCACUCAGAGUCGCAGAAGUCACAGGAGUCACCAGAAACGCAUGUUCCGCAGGUGCCACUGCACCACAAAGGCACUUCGGUGAGCGGCUUCCCGGUGUUCCUCUUCCCCUUUGAAGCCGAAAAGCCAUCCAAAGGCCCUUUGCGACAAGUGCGGCUUGCAGCCUCGCAGUACGUGCAGUCAGAGUUCGGUGCCCUAGCAAGCAAGUCGGACUUGAAGUACAUCCAGGCAGCAAUGAACGAGUCCGUGGUUACCCACACGCUUCGGUCGGACCCGACAGUGAGCUGCAGAAUGGAGGUUGAUCGGGAGGACCAUGGCUUGGCAGCGAUGGACGACAUUUUGGUGGGCCCUGGCUUCGAUGGCUUGAAUCGGGUCAAGGGCUUGGGCUCCGUUCUGACGGUCUACGCGGUGAAAGAGCCGGGCAAGGAAGGCCUGGAGGUGCGGCGCUUGGCGGUGGGCCCCGUGGUGCCGUCCGAGAAGGCCACCAGUGGGAUGACCUACAACUUCAUUAGAAAUGUGGAGUUCUUUGACGAGGACACGGAGGAGGAAAAUCUGACUGCGUUUCUUGACAGCGUGGGGGUGGAGCUCCCAGCCGACCCUGUGGAGCGCAAGAAGGUGCUGGUGAAGCUCUACACUUCAAACAAAAUCUACCCCAGGCUCAACAAGGCGAUGUACACAGAUGAUGCUGAAGAACUCAGGCGACAUGCGCCGUACAUUCGGGCUUUGCGAGGGGUUUUCAAGCGAGGGCAGAGCGACCCAUUGCCUGGCUUCAACUUCUUCAUUGGCUCGGCAAAAAAACUCGUGAAAAGAUGCGAGCUCACCAAGGAACAAGCCGAAGUCUACCAAAUCAACCAGAAAGUUUGCUGGCCGGCCUUCUUUUCCACCAGCGAGGCGGACAAGGGCGGAAAUGAUGCUUUUACUGGCUUGACGUUCUGCAUCCGCUGCCGGGACAGCACAGAAGACCCAAACGAAAUACAGGGGUACUUUCCAGCAUCUAUCAAGCCAUGGUCUUGCUUCCCGGAUGAGAAUGAAGUGCUGAUCCCCCCUCAUUACAUGUUACGGGUCCACAACAUCAAUUACAACAAACAGCCUGCCAACCCAAAGAAGUGGGUUAUCGAGCUAGAGCUCGCCGAUUUGCCCCCGGUCUGGGACAUCAUCACCCAGAAGAACUGGCAAGAAUUCAAAACCUGGGCCCAAGCGCAUCCCGACUUGGUAGACACAUCGAAAUCCCACAGCUCCAUCAUCAAUGAAGUGGUGAGCAGCCUGGCAGCCGAACCGAACGAGACCGGCGUGGAUCCUUUGAAGGUUUGCUUGGAUCACGGCGCCCUACCCAAUGAGAUUGACAUGCAGACUGGAAACACGCCACUGACGACCGUCGCGCUACAAUGCCUGGAAAGCGGGAAGACAGAACAGGCUUUAGCUGUACUUGAAUCCCUUCUACUGGCAGGCGCAAAUCCGUACAUCAAGGCUGGCCCACACGAGGAGUCCUUUGAGCAGCUGAUGCCCGAGAUUGAUUUGCGCCUCUUGAAUUGUGUGAUGGGCUGGCAGUACUGGGUUGAUGAUGGCGUGGAUGGGAAGGAAGAUGGCUGGUAUCUGUGGUCUGAGGAUGGCUCAGCCAUGUUAGAGCAUGCUUUCCAAGAAUGGCUCAACAGUGGACAUGAGGGAAGGAGCAAGCUUUUAGGCGUUCGGAGCGACUAUUUCUCAUAUAACGUGGACUUCCUCCACAUGAAGCAAGCCAACACUUCAACCGGAACAAAGCGCAAGAUCCGGAGAUACCGACGAAGGUCCAUCCCUUUGUCGCAUGAUCAACUUCGGGCAUUAUCCGAAGCAAAGCUCAGGCAAGAGCUGACACUUCUGCAGAAGCUCCUCAUGCGAGCAGCCGUCGAUGGAUUGCAGCAAGCCACGUGUCAUUUGCAAGAUGCUGCGGACAUGCUGUCCAGCUUGUCCCAGAUGGUCUCUGCGACUGAAAUCUCUGCAGUCAGCAGUGAGUAUGAGAAGCUGGUGCUGGGAGACCUCGAAGAUGAAGCCAAAGAGACCAAAGAGACCAAAGAGGCCAAGGCGAGCCUUCUGAACCUGCAGGAGGCUUGCGACUUGAACUGGGACACGCGAGAGAAGGUGACCGAGGUUGUGAAGCAUUUGCGGGAUGACCCUCAUGUGAAGCUGGCAGACGAUUUGGUUGAGGGAGCUGAAGCCUUUGUGACGAGCAACAAUGUAUUCCAGAGAGAUGGGAUUACGCAUGCAGGAUUUCGGGCCAGCCUAUCUUGGCAGAAUGGUGAAAAACGAACAGACUUGGAUAUGUGCAUGACUUGCCCAGAAUGCAAUAUGCAGGUUUACCACGAAGAAAAAGAGUGUGGGUGCACAGAAGAUAAGCUAUGCAGGUUAAACUUGGACAUUGACGACCGAGGGACACCCCACAAGAGUUCCGAGGAGAACUUGUACAUGCAGGAGCCGGGUCCAUUUAGAUACAAGCUCGAAGUGGAGCUCUACUCCGGCCCGCCUGUUCCCUUCCGGUUGCAAGUUCAUCGACCCGGGCAGGCGCUCAGAGUCUACCGUGUUGCGCCUCACACUACGCCGCGUAGUGGAGGAAGGAUCGUUAUCUUUGAGGCAAGUGUUGCUGAAGGCAUCAUGCACCUCGAGUCUUGCCUUGAACAUUUGGAUGUAAUGUUGAGCACUGAUUAACGCACAGCCCUUGGAAAAACGCGUGAAGAAGGGACACCACGCGCCUUCC